UAACAGUGGUUUAUCAAGACUUCUCAUUAUUUUGUGACACCGACUCGUCCGUCACCUGACUCAUCUGAACAAACUGUUUGGAUUCAUGACGAUCCGUUAAGUGGGAAGACGUAAACUCAUAUUGACCCCCACAAGACCGAGAUUAACAGAACCUGCAGUACUUGGUUUUCACCGGUGCAUAUACUUGUUCCUUGGGAGGUGUUUGACUCUGACAUUUGCCUUGUGUGGCUCAGCUUUGGUCUGAUUUUGUUUGUGCUUUGGCUGGGGUGAAGAACGCCGAUGGCUCUCAUGGAUAAGCAUAAAGUCAAGCGACAGAGGCUUGACCGCAUUUGUGAAGGCAUUCGCCCCCCGAUUUUGAAUGGACCGAUGCACCCGCGCCCCCUAGUGGCACUGUUGGAUGGUCGCGACUGCACCGUGGAGAUGCCUGUCCUGAAGGACGUGGCCACGGUGGCCUUCUGUGAUGCCCAGUCCACCCAGGAGAUCCACGAGAAGGUGCUGAAUGAAGCAGUGGGCGCCCUGAUGUACCACACCAUCACUCUCUCGCGGGACGACCUCGACAAGUUCAAGGGCCUGCGGAUCAUCGUGCGAAUAGGCAGUGGCUUUGACAAUGUGGACAUCAAGGCCGCGGCUGAACUAGGUAUAGCUGUGUGUAAUGUGCCUGCCACUUCAGUGGAGGAGACAGCGGACACCUCCAUGUGUCUGAUCCUGAACCUUUACCGCCGCGUCACCUGGAUGCACCAGGCUAUGAGAGAGGGCACCAGGGCUUCCAGCGUGGAGCAGAUCAGGGAGGUGGCCAGCGGCGCUGCCCGCAUCCGGGGAGAGACGCUGGGCAUCAUUGGCCUGGGGCGAGUGGGCCAGGCUGUAGCGCUGCGGGCCAAGGCCUUUGGCUUCAGUGUGAUAUUCUACGACCCCUACCUGCCAGACGGAGUGGAACGCUCUCUGGGCCUGCAGAGAAUGGCCACCCUGCAGGACCUUCUCAUCCACUCUGAUUGUGUGUCACUGCACUGCAGCCUCAACGAGCACAACCAUCACCUCAUCAACGACUUCACCAUUAAACAGAUGCGCCAGGGGGCGUUUUUGGUGAACACGGCGCGAGGGGGCCUGGUGGAUGAGAAGGCCCUGGCCCAGGCACUGAAAGAGGGAAGGAUACGGGGUGCAGCCUUGGACGUACAUGAGACGGAGCCCUUCAGCUUCUCUCAGGGCCCACUGAAGGACGCUCCCAAUCUGAUUUGCACCCCCCACACAUCCUGGUACAGUGAGCAGGCGUCCCUUGAGGCUCGGGAGGAGGCAGCUAGAGAAGUGCGCCGGGCCAUCACAGGCCGCAUCCCUGACAGUCUGAAGAACUGUGUGAACAAGGAGUAUCUGAUGGCAACACCCCAGUGGCCUGGUGUGGACCAUGGGGCCGUGCACUCAGAACAGAACGGAGCUGCAGCUUACAGGUUCCCUACUGGCCUAGUGGGAGUGACAGCAGGAGGCCUGACAGGGGCAGGUGCUGCAGUGGAGGGAAUUGUUGCAGGAAACCUGGCUAUGGCACAUGGGAUUGCCCCCAUGUCCCGACCCCCCCACACCCCAUCGCCGGGGCAACCCUCUAAAGCAGAAACAGACAGAGACAUGCCAACGGACCAGUAGCCCCCCACCCCCCAACUGUCCCCAAUCCCCCUCUUGUCCACAACAUUCCGUCGUCACCCUUCAUGUUCAUUCAAGCUUAUAGACAGACACUGGUAUUGAGGUCCAUUCUGACCUGGCUUUGGUCCCGUCCUACAGAACAGAAUUCUUCAGGAGGGACAGAAUCCUCGACUCCCUCCACACAUCCUGUUUUCUCUCAUCCAGAAUGCAAUAAGUGGAUUACUCAAGGAUUUUAUUUUUCUUCCAGUUUGCUUUUAAACCCCACUGUGUCUGAAGUUCAUGUGGCUCAGUGGUUUUGUAAAUUAGUCCUUUGUGGGAGACCUGUUCCAUUAUUUCUCCUGUGUUAUUUGCUUUUGUUAUCUCUUUUGCUGUUUGACAUGCUAUAAAGUGAGGCAUAAGUCUGGAACGGUAUUGAAGAUGACCCCCCCCCCCCCCCACUACUAUUUGUUCACAAACCGUACAAAGGAUUUUCUAAUGUCGGACUCGACAUUUAGUCAUCACAAUAAAAGUGUGGCUGUGAUUUUUUUAAAUUUUAUAUAGCUUUAUGACAAAUUCAAUAACAUCACAUUAUAUGCCUCUGCUGAUAAAACACAGAAAUAUGUACAGUAUAUUUCUGUGUCAAGACCACCACAUUCAGUCGUGGCCAAAAGUUUUGAGAAUGACACAUUCAUUUUCAAAGUCUGCUGCUUCAGUGUCUUCAGAUAUUUUUUGUCAGAUGUUACUAUGGAAUACUGAAGUAUAAUGGCAAGCAUUUCAACAGUGUCAAAGGCUUUUAUUGACAAUUACAUGAAGUUGAUGCAAAGAGUCAAUAUUUGCAGUGUUGAUCCUUCUCUGCAAUCUGCCCUGGCAUUCUGUCAAUUAACUUCAGGGCCACAUCCUGACUGAUGGCAGCCCAUUCUUGCAUAAUCAAUGCUUGGAGUUUGUCAGAAUUUGUGGGGUUUUGUUUGUCCACCCGCCUCUUGAGGAUUGACCACAAGUUUUCAAUGGGAUUAAGGUCUGGGGGGGGUUCCUGGCCAUGGACCCAAAAUAUCUAUGUUUUGUUCCCAGAGCCACUUGGUUAUCACUUUUGCCUUAUGGCAAGGUGCUCCAUCAUGCUGGAAAAGGCAUUGUUCGUCACCAAACUGUUCCUGGAUGGUUGGGAGAAGUUGCUCUCGGAGGAUGUGUUGAUACCAUUCUUUAUUAAUGGCUGUGUUCUUAGGCAAAAUUGUGAGUGAGUCUACUCCCUUGGCUGAGAAGCAACCCAACGCAUGAAUGGUCUCAGGAUGCUUUACUGUUGGCAUUAUACAGGACUGAUGGUGGUGCUCACCUUGUCUUCUCCAGACAAGCUUUUUUCCAGAUGCCCCAAACAAUCGGAAAGGGGAUUCAUCAGAGAAAAUGACUUUACCCCAGUCCUCAGUAGUCCAAUCCCUGUACCUUUUGCAGAAUAUCAGUCUGUCCCUGAUGUUUUUCCUGGAGAGAAGUGGCUUCUUUGCUGCCCUUCUUGACACCACGCCAUCCCCCAAAAGUCUUCGCCUCACUGUGCAUGCAGAUGCACUCACACCUGCCUGCUGCAAUUCCUGAGCAAGCGCUGUACUGGUAGUGCCCCGAUCCCGCAGCUGAAUCAACUUUAGGAGACGGUCCUGGCACUUGAACUUUCUUGGGUGCCCUGAAGCUUUCUUCACAACAAUUGAACUGCUCUCCUUGAAGUUCUUGAUGAUCCGAUAAAUGGUUGAUUUAGGUGCAGUCUUACUGGCAGCAAUAUCCUUGCCUGUGAAGCCCUUUUUGUGCAAAGCAAUGAUGGUGGCACGUGUUUCCUUGCAGGUAACCAUGAUUUACAGAGGAAGAACAAUGAUUCCAAGCACCACCCUCCUUUUUAAGCUUCCAGUCUGUUAUUCGAACUCAAUCAGCAUGACAGAGUGAACUCCAGCCUUGUCCUCGUCAACACUCACACCUAUGUUAACGAGGUAAUCACUGACAUGAUGUCAGCUGGUCCUUUUGUGGCAGGGCUGAAAUGCAGUGGAUUUUUUUGGGGGGAUGAUUCAGUUAAUUUGCAUGGCAAAGAGGGACUUUGAUUAAUUGCAAUUCAUCUGAUCACUCUUCAUAACAUUCUGGAGUAUAUGCAAAUUGCCAUCAUACAAACUGAGGCAGCAGACUUUGUGAAAAUGUAUAUUUGUGUCAUUCUCAACUGUUGGCCACGACUGUACACUAGUUGUUUGCUCCUAUAACCGUUUUCUUUCUUGAUUUAAAUGUGUAGAUGUUCUGCACAUUGUGGUUGCUAAGACUAGCGUGACGACGGUCUUCAUACCUUCCUAUUUCGUUUUUUAUGUUACCUUUUUGAUAUGAAUAGAACAUGAAAACAAUAUCUUUGUCAAGUCCUCAAAUUAUCUAUCCUCUUUAGGUACUCCGGUAUCACAAUUGCCCCCCUCCCCACCCCCCAACAGUGUUUGCUGCCAUUGACACUCAUUUUAGGGUUUCAUCUUGUGUUAUUACUGCAGGUGUUAAGUUCUUUUACCCAUAUGGGUUCCACAGUUGCUGUCGAUCUCAAAUAGACUAGAGUAAUCAGUCUUCAAGGAAUUUUUUUAUGUCACUCUUAAAGGGAAAUUUCUAAAAAUGUUCAACUUCAUAUUCAUCUCCAGGGUUGGGGAGUAACAGAUUACAUGUUAUUUUUGUUGUUGUUGUAAUCACUUACAUGUCAACUGUAAUCCAUUACUAGGGAAAGUAUUCGAAUCAGAUUAGAUACUUUUGAAGAACUAGAUGACCUCGAGGAUUACUUUUAAAUUUAGAAAGUAUGUUUGUGAUUUUUUUUGGGGGGGGGGGGGGGGUGGCACUUCUGUUGUCUCAAUGACAUUCAAAUCAGCAUUGAAAAAAAGGUACACGUUUAAGUUUAUUCCACCUGAGAAAGUCUGACCACAAGUCAGCGACCACUAUGAUGGAUCACGGGAAACGAGCAGGAAUAUACUUUUUUUUUUAGGCUACGGUCCAAGCAAUGUCUUCCAAUGGCACGACUGCUGUCGGAAUCCAAAGAUUAUACAAUUUGAGUAAACGCAACCAUUGUUUUUGAAACCAGUGGACAGCCAGUGAAAAAUGCUCUCAUGCAUAGUGCGGAGCCCAGCCUAUGGAAUAAAAGUGGGUAUUUUAUAGCGCCAUCUAAUUCAUGCUGAUAAAUUCAUAGGCCUAAUGGACACAUGCUCAAACUGGCACACAUUUGAUAGACUUAAAGGGAGUUGUAGUUGCUACAUCAGUUAUUUUACUAAUACAUUUUAUAUAUAUAUAUAUAUAUAUAUCCAUUGAUUCUUGAAGAAUAUAACUUAUAAAUGCCUAAUGGGCUUAGUUCAAAUGUCUCACCCCAUGAGUACCCAAAAUAUAAGCUUGUCUUUCUCCAAUGUUUGUAAACAUUCUAAAUGUAAACAAACACUGUAUAGCCUCAUAACAUGGUUAAAACAAGUUUGAUAUCAUGGAUGGUCAGUCCUUGCAUCCAUAGCUCUGUUUAUUAAUCUGAGACUGGUUACAAUUCUCAAGGCCCAUCCCUCAGCUUUUUACCAAAACAGAGACGGGGUGCUGUUUUGUUAUGGUUUCAUAUGGAUUUGCCCUUUAAACAGCUGCAUAUUGUCAAGAUAUCAAAAUGUCACCAACUAAAAGGUAAACAAUAGGCCUAUAGCAAAUGCAGCAUAUGGCAUUUAUUUCGCACACGUAAAUAGCACUUUUCAGUAGUGCUGAAAGCAUGCCAUUCCAUGGGGUCAGCAUUUAUUUUUCUACUCGAAUCAAUGAGCCCAAUCAGUCCUCCAUGAUAAACAAGAGAGUAGGGCUGGCUAAUAAGUCCUAUUCUUGAAGAUCAAGGGGUAUAACAUUUAUUGGAAUGACUGAAAUUCUGAUAGACUUUGGUUUUUAAUGUAAAUAUAUAAUUGAAUCAUAUUAUUAUAUGUAGUAGAAAGUGAUGGGUUAGAAGAAACCUACAUAACCCAUAAAGUAACAUUUAACUUCCACAUAUGGCCAGCUAUGUAAACUUUUACAUUGAUUUAUCCUGCAAUAGAUCUCGUUUAAUUGGUAAUAUACAUUUGUGUCGUCUUCUAAUGACUCCUAAGGAAAACAUGAAAACAAUAUCUUUGUCAUGUCCUCAAAUGAUCUAUCCUCUUUAGGUACUCCUAAGGGGAAAGUAAUCUAAAAGUAACUGAAUGUAAUCAGAUUAGGUAAUCCAGAAUUUUGUUACUGAUGACGAUUUUGGACAGGUAACUAACGGAUCACAUUUAGAAAGUAACCUAAUCAUCUCCAGACCCACCAACAUGAGUGAAAAUUGUGCUUUUUAUGAUCUGUAGUAACAAACACCAGAUGUGAUUUCAAUGACCGCAUCGGUGUCCAUUGUGAUUAAAAAAAAUUUUUUUUUAAAUCAUUAUGAUUAGCAUUAUCUACUCAUUUAUUUAGCCAGGCAAGUCAGUUGAGAACAAAUUCUUAUUUACAAAGACAGCCUAGGAACAGCAGGUUAACUGCCUUGUUCAGGAGCAGAACGACAGAUUUUUACCUUGUCAGCUUGGGGAUUCCAUCCAACAACCUUUCGGGUACUGGCCCAACACUCUAACCACUAGGAUACCUGCCACCGCUAAUUGGUUUAUUAUGUUAUAGGAAACACUUAUUUUACUUUUUACUUAAAUUUUUUUUUUUUUUAACUACAAACAUAGAAAAGUGCCAUUUUCACAUAUGUUGAUUUUGGGGGUGGUGCUGAAGAUGAUGAAUAUGAAGUUGAACAUUUUAAAUUUAACUUUAAAACACAUUUCAUCCUAGCAAAACGAGGUCACAACCAUAGAAAUAUUAUUAAGAUGGUAGGAGCCCAGUUGAUGUUGGUUCAGUGCAAGGCCCAGACCACAUGUGGAACACACUAUUCUGGUUGUUUUCAGCUUUUGAGUUUGAACCUGGGGCUUGCUGCUGUGUGGUGAUGUGUGUUUGCAUCUGUGAGUUGGUCACAUGGGUGUUCACAACCACAUUCAGAACAUUUGAAGACCGGAGGACAGUGGUUCAUUACUAGUAUAUUAAUUAGAAAACGGAUUGAUUAGAUGUGGCUUAAUUUUCUUCAUCUGACAGAAUUGAUCCUUGGCAGUGAAUCCCUGGCAGGGAUGUCCAAUCUGUUUCCUGACUGUCAAGGUAAGUAUAAGAACCGAGGAAGUGGAAAAAUCGAGUACACUUUUGGUUGUGUAUUUAGCAUAGCAGUGUGAUGUGGAUAAGGAAGUUCCUAUGUUGUAUAAAGUCAGAGAUUAAAAUAUGCUAGUGGCAAAGCCUUAACACCCCCAACAGUCAUUGAAAAUCAAGGGAGUUUAUAGAUAUAACACUGAGCCAGGCACAGCUUUAGAGUUGUGCGUGUCACUGGAGAGGGGAUAUGUGUGAGGAGAGUAGGCUAUUCAAACACAGGCAAUUAUACCUAAAGUGGGCAGCCUCCUAUAAUUCCUAUUUGUAAUCAGGGUCAUUUACAACCAGAAAAGCAUUGGAACGGAGUUCUGCCAUCUUUGGGCACAUUGGCUACAGAAUUUCACAUCAACCCCUGCUCGUUAUGGUACACUCUGGCCAAGUAUAGGGAAAUACCUUAGUUGAUCUCAAUGCUUUGUGGUGUUUAAGUUGUUGUCUGGUGGUAUGUCUUGCUCCUUGUGGGAAUUAAUUAGUAAUUAGAAUCCAAAACAUUUUAUAGAGAUGAGAAUGUUACUUGCUUUGAUGGAACAAUAACAAAAUAAAUAGUUGUCCUUGCCUGUUUCAUCAA